AUGUCUACCCGUAAGAGAAAGCAAGAAGCCGAGGAAGAAGAAGAGCUUCAAGCCCUUCCCAGCGACGAGAGCGAAGAGGAAGAGGAGUAUGAGGAAUCCGAUCUCGACAGCGAUGUGGGCGGUAGUGAAGAGGAGGACGAGGUAGAUGAGGAAGAGGAGGGAGGCGAAGAAGAGGAGGCUCCUCAAGAGAACGCUCCUGCUCCUAAGAAACGCAAGACUGCCCCUGCGCCUGAAGAGGAAGAGGGCGCGGAAGAAGAGGUAGAAGCAAACGGCAAAGAUGCCGACAAGAACGGCGCCGGGGAAGGGGAGGAAGGUGAAGGCGAAGGAGAAGAAGAGGAAGAAGAGCCCGCUGAAGCCGAAGCCGAAGAAGAGGAAGAACCAGCUGAUACGGCCAAGAAGAGCGGACCUGCUGCCGCUGCCGCCAAAGCCAAGGGCGAUACCGUUCCCAAAGAACCCGAGGUCGAUAUUGGCGACGACGAGGAGGAGUAA